AUGGCUGCUGAUUCUACUCACGCGGAAAGUGCCAACAAUUUAGCAGUGAUAUAUAUGCGAGAGAACAAAUAUUUAGAGAGUGAAGCUAUGUUUCAAAUGUCUGUGGAAAAGGGCCCUCAUUUGUUCGAACCUCAUUACAACUUAGGUCUUCUCUUCCAUCAGCAGGGAAAGUGCAGCUCUCUUGAAUGA